AUGCUGUCGUUCUCACUACUGGCCCAUUGGUUGGCCUGCAUUUGGUAUGUGAUCGCUGUCGAGGAGAUUGAGUUGAAUCCCAUCAAUUGGGACGUCGGAUGGUUGCAUCAGUUGAGCAGUAAAUUGGGUUACGAGACGGUCACCAAUAACUUGACGGACUUCUCCUCGUAUAUCACUGCCCUCUACUUCACCACAUCGUCGCUGACAUCCGUGGGCUUCGGCAACGUGUCGGCCAAUACGGACGCCGAGAAGGUCUUCUCCAUCUUAAUUAUGCUCAUCGGAGCGCUUAUGCACGCCGUGGUCUUCGGUGCGUCCAUACCGGUGCCCAAAUGUAACGUGACGGCAAUCAUCCAACGCAUGUACGCCCGUCGCUCCCAAUACCAGACCCGACUCCGGGACCUGAAAGACUUCUUCAAAUUACAUCAAAUCCCGAAACAAUUGCGACAACGAAUGACUGACUACUUCCAGACGACGUGGUCUCUCAAUAAUGGCAUCGAUCACAACGAAAUUUUGCGCGAAUUCCCGGAUGAGUUGCGAUGCGAUGUAUCCCUUCAUCUUCAUCGCGAGAUACUGUCGCUCCCAAUCUUCGAGACGGCUCCCCAGGGGUUCCUCAAACUCCUCUCCCUUCACAUCAAAAGCAAUUUCUGCGCUCCGGAGGAAUACCUGUUGCAUAAGGGCGACGCCCUGUCCAACAUAUUUCUCGUGUGCAACGGCUCGAUGGAGGUGCUGCAGGACUCGAUGGUGGUGGCCAUCCUCGGCAAAGGGGACCUCGUCGGCUGUGAUAUACCCUCGUCGCUGGUCAUCGACUCCGUGAUCAAGUCGAGCAGCGACGUCAAGGCGCUCACCUAUUGCGACCUCAAGAGCAUACACGUGCCGGGGCUGCUGGAAGUGCUCAAACUGUACGCGGAGUUCGCGGAGACCUUCUGCACGGAGAUCGUCCACGACUUGACGUUCAACCUGCGGGAGGGCUAUCAGGACGAGAUGGACGCCGGUAUGCAAACGGCACACUCGCUGACACUGCCGUCCAUUUCGGAGGACGACGAGGAGCACGACGACGAGGACGACGAGCGCGAGGGGCGCGACGACAGCGACGAUAGCGGUUCGCCGCCGCAGUCGCCGCCGGGCGGGUCGUCGGCCAUCGCCUUCAACAACACACACGCCGUGUGGGAGUCGAAGACGAACGCCGAGAACGCGCCGAUACUGUCCGCCCGGAGGGCUCACAUGACGCCCAGAAUUAAUUUCAUCAAAAACAUCCGCAUGUCGUCGUCCAUGUCGUCGGCGGACAGCGUCGACGUCAGGGAUCAGCUGAAGAUCACGCAGACGGGCGUCGAAGAGCUCGACACUAAGCUCUCGACGCUCACCGAAGACGUGGACAAAGUGAGUCACGACAUGAAGACAAUGAUGUUUAUACUGCAGAAGUUAUACCAUUUAAACGAGGAGACCACGCAUCACAUCGACACCAAUUUGAAUCAGUCGUUGGACUCGAUGUCCGCGAAAACGGCGGUCAGAAAUAAUUUAUGUCAACCAAUGCUCAAAGAGACGCAGCGAUUGUCUCUCAACUCAUCCAAUAUAUGCGGAUCGAAAUACUUCAAUAAGACCUCUUCGGGCACACAAACGGACAGAUCUCUAUUGGAUGACCUCUUAUGCAAGUGGGCGACCACCGACUCGGGCUCACCGCCACCCAACUCGGGCUACAGUUCCAGCUCGUCGCACGAGGAGAGGAUGCGAUUCAUGACAGGCGUGAGUCACUGCUCGCGCAUAGAUGUGGACAACGAGAGCAUCUCGGAUGACAGUGUGCUGAAGAACUCGCUGACCAUCCAGAGUCUCGCCUCAUCCCGAGAUGUGUCGCCCUAUAAGCCGUCGCGAAACAGUUGGAACACAGCCUCCACCGAGAAUGUGGUCAGUCCUCUGCCGCCGUCGCCACGACCCCCGACCACCACCGCCACAGCCGUCAACCUAAUGCAACACCAAUCCAGUGAUACACAGACUCAGUGCACAAUUGUCAACAUCGAGGACAACGUGAAUUUAGCCCACAAUCAGACCAAUAGGAUAAAGCUGUCGACGGAGCUAUAGAUAACUGAAAUUGAAAAUUGUUUUUUAGAUGAAAUUUAGUUUUUUCACAAAACCUUUUUGCAUUCAUGGGUGACAUAAGUUAUAUACUAUUAACUAUCGG